AUAGAGUGACACUUAUAAAUUUGAAGCAUCUUAUGCACAACACUACACUAACAAAAAAAUGAUGCAUCUAGGCUCAUACUUGUCUAUUGUACUAAUUGCUAUUUUAUUUUCAUUUACAUCUUCAGCAAUUGGUACUACUACUACUACUAAUGAAGAUAAUAGCUUCCUUCAAUGUCUCUAUAGCUAUUCACAUAACUCCACUUCAAUCUCUAAAGUUGUGUACACCAAAGCCAAUUCAUCAUACACAUCAAUACUCCAAUUUUCAACUCAAAAUCUCAGAUUUGCAACCAACAAAACACCAAAACCACUUGUAAUUGUCACACCUCUAGAAAUUUCCCAUAUUCAAGCAACCGUAAUUUGUUCCCAAUACCACAGCCUGCAGAUUCGAAUUCGCAGCGGCGGUCACGACUUUGAGGGUCUGUCUUAUGUCUCUGAAGUUCCAUUUGUUGUCAUUGAUCUCAUAAACUUCAGAGAAAUUGAAAUAAAUGUACACAAAAAAACUGCAUGGGUUCAAUCUGGUGCAACACUUGGUGAACUUUACUACGCAAUUAGCCAAAAAAGCAAAACUCUUGGUUUCCCUGCAAGUGUUUGUCCUACUGUAGGUGUUGGGGGACACUUCAGUGGUGGUGGAUAUGGAACCUUGUUGCGUAAAUACGGUCUUGCAGCCGAUAACAUCAUUGAUGCCUACAUAAUUGAUGUGAAGGGUAGGUUUCUUGACAGAGAAGCAAUGGGUGAGGAUUUCUUUUGGGCUAUUAGAGGUGGUGGAGGAGCAAGUUUUGGUGUCAUAGUUUCAUGGAAGAUUAAACUUGUUGAAGUUCCAUCAAUUGUGACAGUGUUUACUGUUCCAAAAACAUUGGAACAAAAUGCAACAAAGCUUGUUCACAAGUGGCAAUUUUUGGCAAGUAAACUUGAUGAAAAUAUAGCCAUGAAUAUUGUCUGGCAAAGGGUAAAUUUAAAUUCAAGUAAAAAAGGUGAGUCAAAGUCACCGGUACUAGUUUUAUUUCAAGCUUUGUUUCUUGGAGGUGUAGAUAAACUCAUACCCUUGGUUCAAGAGAAGUUUCCUGAGCUUGGUUUGGUUAGAGAAUAUUGUAUUGAAAUGAGUUGGAUUGAAUCUGUUCUUUACUUUUUUCAGUUUCCAAAAGGUUCUACACCUGAAGUGUUGCUUAACAGAACACAAGCUACACUUGAUAUAUUCAAAGCAAAAUCUGAUUUUGUGAGAAUUCCAAUUCCUGAAACUGGAUUAGAAGGCAUAUGGCCUUUAUUUGAUGAAGAGGGUUCCAAAGAUGCAAUGAUGAUAUGGUUUCCAUAUGGUGGCAAAAUGGAUACUAUUUCAGAGUCUGAAAUUCCAUUUCCUCAUAGAAGUGGAAACUUAUUCAUGAUUCAAUACUCGGUUCAUUGGCAUCAAGAAGGUGAUGAGGUGGAAACACUGCACAUUAAUUGGAUUAGAAAACUGUAUAGUUAUAUGGAACCUUUUGUUACAAAGUCUCCGAGAGCUGCAUAUAUUAAUUACAGAGACCUUGAUAUUGGUGUGAAUAACAUUAAUGGGUACACAAGCUAUAAGGAAGCUAGUAUUUGGGGUGUUAAGUACUUCAAAAAUAACUUCAAAAGGUUGGCAAAAGUUAAGACUAAAGUUGAUCCUCUAAAUUUCUUCAGAAAUGAACAAAGUAUACCUUCUCAUGUGUCCAAGGGACGCAAAUAGAGUUUUCUGGAGUGGCAUAGGUCAUAAUGAUAAAAUAGUAGCUGCUUUGUUAUUUAUCUUUUAUAUGUGUAUCUUUUCUUUGUUAUAAUAAAAGUAAAUUGAUUUUUAUUUGUGUGUAAAGCAUCAAUCCUACGGGGUUUGGUGUGUGUAUUUGUAUUAAUAUAUAAUAUAUAAUAUAUGAGAUAUAUCACUUAUCAUAUGUGGAUAAA